ACAUUUGGAGUUGGGCUCACGACACAUCUCCAGCCUCGCGCUGGACAAGUGUUUGCACCUAAUACUGCUUCUGGAUCGGGCCCAUGGCCUGGUAGCCUGGACUGGAGGUCCAAGGCCAACACCAUGACGGACUCGACCUAUCCGAACGAUGCUCACCUUGCUGGACUGGUUCAAGCCGCACCUGCUGCAGCGGAUGAACACGCGGAAAGAGUUGUGUAUGUUAAGUAUGAUGAAAGCUACAAUCACUAUGAGUCUAUGUUGCCUCCGGAGGCCCUAGGCGAUGCUCCUGAUCCUGCGGCCGAGCCCAACAGCCUCAACCGUCGAUAUUCCGGUUCGGUCCUCUUUCGUGAACCACCCUCCAAGAGCAGGAGUCACAAAUCUUCGUCGGCCAAUGUCUUCGAAUCCUUGGAUCUUGCACCUGAAGAUUUCCGACGCCUGCAGGUUGCUGCCAAGAUAUUCCUGUUCGACGAGGACCAUCCUGAGCGCAUGGAAGUAAUUAGGCAUAAGUCUUCCUCUGGGACAGCAGCAGAUAUAAGGCUGAGGUUAUGGAAAUGUGCGGAAAGUUUCCUGUCUGAACAUGGAAAUGGCGACAAAUUCUUCGGACCUGGAGACGCUGAGCGGCCGCGGACAUUGAUCUGGCCCGAGCAUGGCGAGACCAUCAUCAAGAACAUGCUGCCUUUGAUACGAAAAUUGGUCACAAACGAACGGCAGCGCAUUUACACGUAUGCUACCAGACACAGGAGACAAAGACCAGCCCAGUAUCAGACCACAGCACGGUUAAUCCGCGAACAGAAUGAGCGUACGAUUUCUCAAAUCGAUGUGGCAAUGCCUGACACUCAAACCCCGGAGCCGGCUAACAUAGCGCCUAUUGCCUCGGAGGAUACUUCGAGGCCUGUGACUGGGUCUGAAACACUCUCCUGGGAGGUGGCCGAACCGUCAUCGAUAGUCCCAAACGACGAUGCAAUUGUAGCGACGAGUCCUUCUCAGCCGAGAACAGCGUUCAAGCAAACGAUCGUCAUCUACGUCAACGUGGUCUCAAACACCGGUGGUGCUCGUAGACGAGUGAUUCCGCGUUUUGAGUUAACACCAGAGACUGCACCCAGUUUAGCAACACUGAUGGACCAGGUCAGCCGGAGAUAUAGGGCUGCUACUGGUAACAGGGUUACACGCAAAGAUCGCCGCCCGGUUGUUCAAGUCUGGCUGGCUGAUGGCCUUGUAACAGUUCUCAACGAUGGAGAGUGGAUGGUUGCCUUGAUAAAUGCUGGUGUGGUUGACUGGAUGGAUAGUGAGGUCAGAGUUCUGGUCGAAAUGUGAAUACCCAUGGCAGGCUAUCACACAAUCAUGGGAAAUUUCUUCUCAGUCCAGUUGGACCAUGGAUGCGCGGCCACCCAGGGUCCACAAACUAGAAGAUGGCAGGUAUCAGGUCGGCAGGCAUCUGUCGUGCAUUAAAGAACUACAGUUUUACCAAAGGGUCUGCUUACAAACCUCUGGCCUGCAGUAUGUGUAUGAAGCACAAUGAAUUGCAUCACGCUCUUGCCCGAUGCGCAGAAGCU